GUGUAGAUUGUGAGUCAAUGACUUGCACUGACCCUCAAACAUACACACCUCCCGGAUCACCAUGUGCUUGUGUUCUACCUAUUGAGGUUGCAAUCCGCCUCAGUAUUACUUUAUAUGCAUUCUUUCCAUUGGUCUCCGAGCUUUCUAAAGAAAUAGCCACUAGCAUUUCUCUGAAGCAAAGCCAAGUGCGCAUCAUGGGAGCAAAUGCUGUUAAUCAACAGCUUGAGAAAACCAUUGCACUUGUCAGCUUGGUACCCACAGAGGAUGAAUUUAAUGCCACAAUUGCAUUUGCAAUCUAUGAUUUGUUAUGGAAGAGGGAGCUUUCAAUAAAGGCAUCGCUAUUUGGCUCCUAUGAGGUGGUUUAUGUUCACUAUCCAGGGUUACCACCAUCUCCACCUUCAAUGCCUUCAUCUAAUGUUCCAAGGGAUGAUAGACCCUUUUCUGGAAACCACAUCGAUGGAAGUACAAUCAAACCUUUAGGAGUAGACAUAUCAAGGACAAGAAAGAAUGGGACUGGGAGAAAUAUGAAUACUGGAAUAGUUCUAUCAUUUGUGGCUGCCUUUUUCAUAUGUGUGGGAGUUAUUUGGCUUCUCUGUCUAAAACUCAGAAGCCGUACUUAUCGGCAUAUGCAAACAGCACAUAAUGUGGGAUCUUCUCAGGUGAAAGCAUCAGGUUCUGUUGGGUCGUUAACAAUUACAAGUAAGACAAUCUCAACAUCAACGUCGCCUUUCAAUUCUUACAUUUUAGCAUAUGCUGGGACAGCCAAGAUUUUCAGUGCAUCUGAUAUAGAAAGAGCAACAGAUAACUUCAAAGUCAUCCUAGGGGAAGGUGGCUUUGGACUUGUACACAGUGGCAUUCUUGAUGAUGGAAGGAAGGUGGCAGUGAAAACUCUAAAGAGAGAUGAUCGGCACAGCAGCCGUGAGUUUUUGGCUGAAGUGGAGAUGCUAAGUCGUCUGCACCACAGAAACUUGGUGAAACUGAUAGGCAUCUGCACAGAAGACAAUUAUCGUUGCCUGGCCUACGAACUUGUCCGUAAUGGGAGUCUACAAUCUCAUUUGCAUGGGGUUAAUAAGAAGGCUUCUCCACUUGAUUGGCAUGCUAGGAUGAAGAUUGUGUUAGGUGCGGCUCAAGGGUUGGCCUAUUUGCACGAGGAUUCAAACCCCUGCGUCAUACACAGGGACUUCAAGUCGAGCAAUAUACUACUAGAGCAUGAUUUCACCCCAAAAGUGUCGGAUUUUGGAUUAGCUAGAACAGCGCCCGAUGACGGAAACAAACAUACAUCAACUCAUGUUAUGGGUACUUUUGGGUAUGUAGCUCCUGAAUAUGCCAUGACCGGGCACCUCCUAGUGAAAAGUGAUGUGUAUAGCUAUGGUGUAGUCCUUCUUGAGCUUUUGAGUGGACGUCAGCCGGUGGACUUAUCACAACCACCUGGUCAAGAGAAUCUCGUGGCCUGGGCCCGCCCUCUCCUUACAACCAUGAAAGGCUUGCAAAUACUUGUUGACCCAACCAUUAAGUCAUCAGACAUUCCAUUUGAUGGGGUAAUCAAAUUUGCAGCAAUUGCAGCCAUGUGUGUCCAACCAGAAGCGUCUCAUCGUCCCUUUAUGGGCGAAGUUGUUCAAGCAUUGAAAUUCAUUUGCAACGAGUUCGAUGAGACUAGGAAGCCCGUGCUUGGAAGCUGCAGCCAGAGUUACUUCUAUGUUGAUAUAGGGAGUCAACAAACUAAUUUGGAAGCUCCAAAGACCAAUGAAGCAAUCUCUGUGUACUGUUCUGCUUUGGAUUCUAGGCUGCCAUUGUCGGUAGGAGAUUUGGAGAGUUCUUCGGCUAGACUUAAAGAAGUACCAGAAUGUGAGCAGUGCAGAAGAGAAUUCUACUCUGCUCCUUUAGGAACUGGUGCAAAAAGAAGGUUCUGGCAAUGGCUGAAAAUUCUGUCCAAGGGCAGCAUGACUGCGUGAAUGGGCAUGGCUGCAUGGGUUUUCGUCAAUGUUGGGAUUUGGAGGUUGUUAAAGCCAUGUUUUCCCUGUUUUGAACUAGAUUUCUCUUUGGAUUGUAAAAAUGAUGAUAUCCAUUUGAACUGUUGUAAAUCCAAGCAAAAUGGGUUCAAGUCAAGGGGCUUGAGAUACAAGGGGAUAUGAGGGGAAAUACUACUCCUUGUAUUGAUAGUUCUCCUUCGAGCCAUUCUUCAUAGGACUCUUUAGGACUACUAUUUUGUUCAGGUGGGAAAUAAUUUUUGGAUUGCUUG